UGGUGCAUGCGUACAUGCUAAGCCUCCCACUUCCGCAUUCCAUUGGGCAAAACAGCUGUAACUUCGUGUUCUUGAUCAAGGACGUCAUAUCAUUGCACAGGAUGGGUGCUUACGCUAGCAGCUUCCAGGGGGACGCUGGUAGCCUUGUGGGGGAGCUGACAGAUCCUAACCAACCCAACUGGAUCACGGCCCACGCUGAGGCCUGUGCUCUGGACAUCCCUGAGGUGGAGCGGCUGUGGCAGCGGUUCCAGCAGCUGGGGUGUGACAGUACCGGGGUGCUGGCUCAGAACCAGGCACUGCAGCUCACUCAGGAUGUCUUCAUCAAACAGAGCCUACGCCAGGUCCCGCGGGAUGAGAAUGGAGGGAUCACAUUCCAGACGUACUGCAACGCUGCCAAGUGGAUGUCCAUUGCUGAGGUAGAGGACAAGCUGAGAGGUGUGUUCAAACUGUUGAAUCGUGGGAAACCUGUGGACAGAAACAUCAUGAAGAGAAUCCUAUCCAAGUUGUAUGAGGAGGAAAGUGAGGAAACCAUCACUAGACUGGCAGACAUCUUUGUGACCCAGAUAGAUGCCAAGCAACAGGGUGAGGUGGACGAGGACCAGUUUAUAGAGUGGGUGAAGACGAUGCCGUUUGAAACUGUCAACGCACUUCUGGAGUUCAGCAUAAUUCCUCCCGAGUUACAGGACACCAGAACCUCCGCCUCACAGGACAAAGCGGCGACAUCACGAGCAAGUGUAGACGAGCUGGCUGUGCCUGUGUCUGAGGAAACCCUACAGCAGGUGGCGUCUAAGGUACACAACAGGGACUGGGUCCUGUUCGCCAACAAACUGGGCUUCACUCAGAACGACCUGACGGGCAUCAGCAAGAAAGUGGGGAAGAACGUCUACCAACAGGUGUUAGAAAUGCUGCAUACUUGGCAGAGACGAGAGAGUGAUGCUGCGACCUGCCGGGUGUUAGACACGGCCCUGCGAGACGGGGACUUCAUCGAUGUCGCCAAUGACAUCUUCUUUUAGCUGCAAAGCUGUCUUGCGUACAGAGGAAACUUUCCAGUAUGCUAACACGUAAAAUCUUGCAUGGCAAAAGUAAUGUCAGCUUUACAGAUGUUAAUGUUAUACCAGGGCUGUCUUCAGCUUUAAUUUUCCAGACAUUCCAAUUUGUUAAGACAAAAAAAGAUGGUUAAAACA